CGCAGCCGCUGAGUCCUUUCACAGUUGAUGUUAUGUGCCUUGUCGUUUCCACGACCUCACACCGCCGCAAAGCGGCAGAAUUCUUUAAACUUUCCCCAAACAGGCGCUAAAGCCUCGAGGGGAAGCGGAAUAUUUAUCCCGCUUUGAGAUAUUCCCACCUCAGCCACGAUAAAUUUCUCGGCCUAUCCUAGAUUCGAGGAACUCAAAACUCUUCUCAGAUCGCCAAUCGAAUUCUCGAAUCCGACAAGAUGGCAAAGGGCGCUCGAGCAAGCACGAAAAAGGCGAAUCACCAGAAGCUGAAGAGUAGAGUGUUCGGCCCAGUUGAGAGUGCGCGAACAGAGAGGCUUUCAGCAAAGUUCCUGGAAUUAGCUUCACAACCAAAACCCCAGCCAGUCAAAGAGGAUAUUGUCAUGAAGUCAGAAGAUGGCACUGCAAAAAAUAAUGAGGUCCCCACUCAGAGCAAACAGACAGAGGAGAUGGAAGUAGACCAGGAGGCUACAAAGAGCAGUGAUCGCCCAAAGACGUCCAGUAAAGGCCGAAUUGAGAAAACAAGACACCACCGCAAGGCAUCCAUCGUCUUUCCUAAAUACAGCAAAGGUAAACGAGUUGGCGGAUCAAGAGUGAAGAAGUAGGAUAUAUUGAAAGGAGACAAUGGUAUGGACAUAUGGCGUUAUGGGAGGGUAUAUUUGGCGGAGUCAUGGGAGCUUGGGGGGUGUUUAAGGAUCGAUCACAUUAGAAGGAGUUUGGCUUUUCCUACGGAUUCCAAUAUUCAAAACCAUUCUUACGUGGCAGAGACUGCAGUCCUAUAAUAUCCGAAUAAAAAUCUGUCCCAAAAUGUCCUAAAUACCCA